CUCCUAGCGUUCCCGUUCGCCGUCGACCGACGCCGCAGAAUUUGCGCGCCAAUCGGCCUCUGCUCGUACCACGGGAGCACGAGUCUACUUGUACGCAAGUCCACGAGCUCAAUAUAGGGGCGCUGCGCCGGACAUUACCUAUACAUAUUAUAAUAUACAAACAACAAUAACAACGCUGAUAGCAUAGAUCGGAUAACCGAUUGCGUGCGUGACGCGUAAAGUCGUGCUACUCUCUGAAUAUAAUAGGUAACAAUAUUAUAAUAUACCACCGGCUCCUUGUGCGCCGUUCGCGUCGUACUACUACGGGCCCCCGGCAUGGAUGAGAACCUGAGCAGGGGCUACGUGGCCCUGGGAAUACGCGGCGACGUCUGUCCGUUGGCUACGCCUCCUACCGACCGCCUUGGCUUGGUUUACGCCGUAAUGUUGCUGGCGGGAGCCGGAUUUCUGUUCCCGUACAACAGGUAUAAAUAGGUACACGUCGGUACCUACCAAAAGGGUGCAUUCGGGAUUGAUUUUUUCGGGGGACAAUUUCCAUUUGGUUGGAAUAGUUUAUACAAACAUAGAUCAUUUUUAAACCUAAUUUGGGGCUCAAUUCCCGUAUACCCUCCUUCUUGUGUGUGCCUCCCUAAAGCCUAUAAGGCUCUCGAAAUUAUUCAUUGUAUCGUAAUGGUUUUAGUUAUUUACUUACCUUUGGGUGUAGGUGUGAUAAUUUUAUACCUAACCUUUUUUUCUAUAUUCGUCCACUUAAUCGUGUUUUAUCAAAACCAUCACCUUCAAAGUUUCUUUGUCAUAUCUAUAAUGUCUUUACAUAACACCAAGAUACCUAUAUACUUUAUCAUUAAUUUCCAUUUAUCUACUUUUAACCUAAAGUAGUUGCGUUUACACAAUCGACAACGUAAGUCUUAGUCUUCAGGAGAGGGGUAGGAGAUACCUAUCUAAAAUCCACCACAGCAAGAUGUCAUACCUACCUAAUCUUUUUUUUUCCUUUUUACACACGCCUAUCCGUGAUAAUUUUUGGAUUGCAAAACCGUCAGAAGCAAAUUAUUCAAUAUAUAAUAAUUGUGUAAAUAUUAAUUUUCCAUUUAAAUUGUUUUGUUUGAUGUGCAGCAAAUACCAUAAUAGUACAAAAUGUCAAAAAGUCAAAAUAUCAGAUUAUCUCAUACAGACCUAGGUAGCAAUAAAAUGUAGGACCCUUUCAUAGUAUCGAACCAUAUAAAUUAUGCUACCCCCUCCCCUCCCUAAAUAUCAAUAUUACACUUAUUUCACCAUGAUAAAGAUUCUAUGUUUUCUACACAUUCGAAAUUUGUAAUAUAUAUUUCAAUAUUAAAAUCUAUCAAUUGAUAAAGAGAACAGUGGAUCUUUAUUUUAGCAAAAUAUGUUUUUUUUUUUUUUUUUUUUACGAAUAUUUACCCUACAUUCCUAGAUUAUUUGAACAAAAAAAAAUUGUUUAUUUUCAUCAGGUGACAGGCAUAGAAAACAUGAAUUUUAGAGGUUUUUCUUCAUGUCGAAACCGCAUCUAUGUUUUAUAAUGUCCACAAUUUUUAGCUUUUGAAUAUGAAUAUCAAAGGAAGUUGUCAGCCAAUCAAACUUGUAUGUUUGUUUUUUGCCCUGUGCAUUACAACAAUCAUUAUAAUUAUUGGAAUACGUGGAUGAUUGUAAAAACCCUUAUUCUCCGAACUAAAAUAAUUAUUAUCAAAAAUGGUAAACAAUUUCAGUAAAUUUAUUUAGUUAAAGUUCAAAAAUUAUGACCUUACUUGACGUCAUAUUAUGAUGUACUCAUCACCUUUAUAAGGGUCCAUUAUAGAACAAUUAGGUACACUUAAUCAAUUGCAUAAACGCCACAAACCUUUCCGUUAUACAAUACAGUAUAACCAGUGCUCGAAUUGAUAAAAUAAAAGAAUAGGGACUACAACACAUAAAAAAAAAUUAGCGUCUCUUGCAAUUAUCGGAAUCAAUGUGGGGCUUAGCCCUCCAUAAAUCCCAUACCAAUUUUCAAACAUAGUUCAGUAAUUCAUAAUUUCUGAAAACAAACACUACCUACUACAGAGGUUAACUUUUUGCUUACAUAGUACCUACUAAUUACUAUAGUAGAUAUUAUUUAUUUUAGGUUCUAAUAUGAUGGUUACUACUAUAAUUCUAUUAUGGUGAUGUGUUUGUUCUUUUUCUGUAUGUGAACAACUUUUCUCCCAGAAAUCUUGCUCCGAUUAUCAACAAAGAGGCGAUGGUUCCUAUAAUGCAACACAAUGGUAUACAAAAAACCAUCAAUCAUAUAAAUAAUCGUUUAAUAUACCUACACCCAGGUUUGUAGCCAAUGGCGGUUUUACGGGGGGAGAGUCCAAGGGGUCUGGACUACCCUUGUCCACCAGGUUAGGAGAAUUGUGAUACCCGCUUAACGAAUUCCAAUUUCGUUUUCGGGAAUCAUAAUUAAUUCUAAAAAGUCUUUGGCAACAAAGCGAUAAUAAUCGCUUUUUGGAACUUAUUUUGUAUAUCAUCCUAGAUUUUACCGAAAUUAUUUGGUAAAUGUCCGAAUUUCGGACAUUUACCGACAGCAGUGGUAGGGUAGGCCAUCAUUUUCUUGAACGUAACUAUCUGAUAUGAAAAAUUCCGGAACGUAAAUCCCGAACCGCAAUAAUACAAAACGUACAAAUCCAGAAUGUUAAAUCACGGAAUAUAAAAUGUUCGUAAUAAUAGGUAAAAACCAAUUAUAUCGUCAAUAGCAGUUUUUAUUCCGCUGACCUUCUCUCACCCACCUCCUAGAUUUAAAAUGUUUAUCGUUCCUGUCUAUAUUGCUUACUUUUCCAAAUUUUCCAUCUACGGGAUUUUACUUUCCGGAUUCCUACAUUCCAGAAUAUUACGUUACGGAUUAUUGCGUUCCGAAUUUGUAUAGCUCUCCAUUAUAAUGUAAUAUAAUUAUAGUAGGUAUAUCUAUAUUAUAGUAUAGUAUAAUAAUUAUAAAUUAAAAUUAAAUUUAAUCAAUCUAAUUGAUUCAAAUUAAACUUUAUUUUUUUUUUUUUAUCUUGAUUUCGCUGUUUUUACUUUAGUAUUUUAAUUUUUGCUCUAUUAUUCGCUUUUUUGGAUGGAUACUGUCUUAACUACUACCUAACUAAUAACCUAACUACUACCUAGUAUCGUCUUCAUCCCAACUAUUUGGGGUAUACCUAUACUUUCUAGAAUAAAGUAAAAAGCCUUUAAAGUAUAAAUAUAGAUAUAUUUACGUACAUUAUAGUAUUUUAUUUUAUUUAUACAGUUUUGUAAUGGCUGUCGAUUACUUUCAAAUCAAGUAUCCCGAUUCAAUGGUAGUUUUCGACAUGACGAUCGUGUACAUCCUGGUGGCGUUUGUCGCGGUUCUGACCAACAAUCUACUCGUCGACACAUUAUCAUUUACUUGUCGGAUCAAUAUCGGUACUUACAAAAUGUUAUAUAAUUACAAACGGCAAUUGCUAAAACAAGGGCAGGUCAAGGGGGACACUAGGAGCAAGUGCCACUCCCGUUAUCAAAAAAAGUACUUCGUUUACUAUGAUUGUAUAAGUAUAUUUGAUGUAAAUUAUCAAAACAAGAUUUAAAUAUAUAAAGAAGUGAUACAUAAACGACUUUCCUGUUGCUUAUUGUAAAAAAAUAGGAUAAUGAUGGCAGAAUGAAAAAAUUUGAAGUUUUUACUAUUUUUUUUAUGAAACGUGUUUUUUAACAUUGGAAUAUCUUGUUAUUUUUUCAAAAUGCGUCCUUUUACAUUGUUAGUGUUAUCAAAAAUCGUCUACAUUUUUUUUAAAAAAAACGUGUGGUAUGGCUUGGAGUAUUGGUAGACAGAAAAAUAGAAAAUAAAAUGAGUAUAUCAGAGAUAAGAAUGGUUAUGUAGAUAAUUUGGGUGCCAAAAGAAGAUAGGAUAGCGAACGAGUAGAAUAGGCAUGACUUAUUAGUAGACAAAUUGUGAUGGUUUGAGUAUGUCAUGAGGAGAGAGAAAUGAGAAGUAAUAAGAAUGGUAAUGAAAAUAAACGUAAAAAGAAUGAGAGGAAGAGGAAGAUAGUUGGUAGGAUGCAAAAAUGAUAUGAGGACACUUAAAGACAGUCAGUGUAUGCGAGGUAGGAGAUCAGGUCAAGUGGAAAUUUAAGACGAGGGCGACCGACCCCAAAUAGCUGAGAAAAAGGUGGAGAAGAAGAAUGAUAUACGCAGGGUCUGUUGAGAUGCUGGAUCCGUCCUUAAUUGUGAAUUAAUUUUCGGUGAUGGUGUAAUAUUUAACACUAUAAUAUUUUAUUAUAGGUUACGGAUUGACAAUUUCGACGCUGCUGUUCGUGGGUCUCGUGGAAGUUUUUUGGGAAGGAAUAUUCGUGAUCAAAACGACGUAUUGUCUCAACCUAAUAGCCAUUUCGAUAAUUGCAUGGGGCGCGACAAGUAUCCAUAUUAUUAUAUAUUCGUUAAAUAAAAUUGAAGAGACAAGAAGUGCAUGCAUUUUUUUUAUUUUAUAGUCCUGCAGUCCAGUUUUUACGGUUACACUAGUAUAUUACCGACAAAAUACACGCAGGCCGUCAUGAUCGGAGAAAGUUCGUACUUAACAAAAUGUUGAAUAUUAAAGAAAUUAAAAUUUAUAAAAAAAAUCGGUGUUUAAUACAAUAUUUGUGUAAUAUUAAAUUACCUAUAUAAUAAUACAACGAACGGCGAAAUAAUACGUACCUACCGACUUACUUUUCGAAGGUGCUGCCGGACUUUGGGUGUCCGUCAAUCGAAUAUUCACGAAAUUGAUGUCUAGUGAUUUACGGGUGAGCACGUUCUUCUUCUUUCUAAUCAGCCACCUGGUCGUAGCCGUGUCAUGCGUGUUAUUCCAAAUGGUGCAGUCUUCCGAUUUCGUCAAAUUUUACAUUGCCCGAAGCGAAGAAUCGAAGAAAAAAAUUUCGCUGGAACCAACGGAAGAAUGUGUGAGAAUAAUUAUUGAAAAUUUCUCUUUACCCUAUAGUUAAAUAUAGUACUACAUAUCUAUCAAAUAAAUUAGUAUAUUAUAAAUAGUUAUUAUAAAUUAGUAACAAUGAUAUGGUACUAGUUUUCCCUAAACAAUUGAUUUAUUAUACAUGAAAUACAUAUUAUGAAUUUUGAAGGAAAAUGGUAUCUAUACAAUUUAUAUUCCUGUACCUAACUAUAUAGGUUUUUAAGAAGAUGGCCAAGGCCACAUUGUUACCUAUAAUAUUAGUAUCGUUUAACAAUUCUAUACUGUUUUAAAGGUGAAUUCUGAACAAUGCCAACCAGAACCAGUGGCUGAAACCAGUUUGAGCGCAGGAAAAUUAUUCAAAGACGAAAAUUUACUUAGCUUUGCAAACCCCAUGUACGACCCGAACACCAGUAAUGUGCCAACGUACAAAGUAGAAGACGUUAUGGUACACAUAGAAACGAGCAAUUCGUUUAGAUUACCAAAAUCUAACUGGUCCGAAUUUUGGACUUCGUUUAAAAGUAAGCCAAAUUCAACAACGUCUGGUCAAUUCCUUUUUUUAGAUUCUGAGUGAAACGAGAAAUGUAUUUGUUUUACAAUGAUAUUUAUUUAUUUUUUUUUUUUUUGUAAACAACUUUUUUAUCAAACAUCUUGCUUUGAUUUUUAAGUGUAGCAUUUUUCUAAAAAAAAUAUGAUCUGAGUGGUUUUCAAUUUGAUUUAAAAGUGAUUUCCCAAGAAGUUUUUCAUAAUAAACAGAAAAAACGGAAAAAUUUAAGAAAUUUAUUAUUUUCAAGUUUAUUUUUUUGUUGGGAUUCAGUUAAACAUAUUCGUAGAGACUUAAAAUUUGGAUAGAACAUUUAUAUUUAUCUUUCCUAAACGUGGUAAAAUGUUUAAAACAUUUUAGCCAUUUUUGAGCUACCUGUUUAUAGACAUUUUAAUUUUGAGAGUUUUUUACGUUAUUUUUAUUUGAUAGGUAGUAGGUACUAUGUGCAUAAAAUUGUAUAAUAUACUUCACACGAAGAUAAUAUACUCACUGUAAUACCUCCAGAGAUAAUAAAGAUAAUCAAAUUAUGUUUUUUUUAUAUAUAUAUAUAUAUAUGUAUAUUACUCAGGGAUGAGGAAUACAAAUAUUUAUAUUUCAAUUAAUUUUUAUGUUUCGGUAAAAAACUAAAAAAAUUAUUUUAAUUUUUGUUAUUUUUGAAAAAUUUGAAGAUAACCAUGUUAUAGAAUUUGUGAUUUUUAAUAAUUGUUUAAAACUCAGAGAAAAAUAGGUACCUAUAAUUUAUGAAACAGGCUAUUCGCUAAUUCAUUAUUAUUAUUAUUAUUAUUAUUAUUACAGUAUCACUAUACAGUUUUUUCACGGAAUUUUAAAAAAAUUUUAAAAAUCUUGUAUUCAAUAAAAAUAAGACAUUCCAAGUUUUAUAUAUAGUUUUAUAUAAGUUAUAUAUAUAUAUAUAUUAUAUUAGCCUAUUCUUGACGUAGUAGAAUUUUUAAACCAUUUUUGAGCUAAUUAUAAGGAUUUUAUUUUUGCAAAUUUUUCACAUAAAUUUAUUUUGUAUGGGUAUUCUGUGAAUAAAAUGGUUUGAUUAAUCAAAAAUGCUCGUGAACUUAAAAUGAGGUUCAUUAUAAUAAGGUUUUUUAAGUAGUUAAAUAAAAAAUGUUUAGCCUUGAGCGUAUAAUGUAGUAGUUUUUUAAUAAGCGUUUUAAGAUCAUAAUAUUUUGACGAAAAUAAUAAUAAUUACGGCAUUUCAAAGCAUUUAUGAAUUGAACUUCAUUUAAAAUCGUAUUUCAUUAUCAAUGUUUUAUCAUUGCUUGCAGAUAUAAAUUAAAUAACUUUAUGUAUAUCAUACCUUCUAAUUUCCCACCUACAAUAGUAAUAUCAGCUUAGCGCAGUGAUGAGUGUAUUAAUUGUACUGUUGUGUCUGUUUAUUUUUCAAUCAGAAAUAUUGUUCUGAUUUUUAAGUGUAGCAUCUGUCCUGAAUUAAAAUUGUAUCGAAUUGGUGUUUUGGUGAGGUUAUUUUUUAAUUUUCUUAAUAGUUGGAAAAUCCGGAAGAAAAUCCUAUAGAUUUUUACAAAAUCGCUAAGCAUAAAUCUCGUGUUUUAUAUUACCAAAAGUUAAAUUAUUUAUAGAAAUGCUUGCAGAAAUUAUUGUUAAUAUAUUAAACAUAUAUUUUUAAGAAAACCAUUUACAAAAUUAUUUAAUCGGUUCGAUUUUCAACAGAUGGAUACAAUAUGAGAAAGGAAGUGUCCAAAGUGAUUUGGAAACAAAUGUUGGCGAUUUUCUUGUGCUACUUCGUAACGCUCAGCAUUUACCCAGGGGUACUGUCCGAUUUGGUCAGCCCCAGAUUCGGCACAUGGAUGCCCGUACUCGUUAUGACCGUAUUCAACGUAUUUGACCUCUUAGGAAAGGUAAAUAACAAGCAUGCACCUAUAAUUUAUAAAAAAAAAUCUUAAAGUUAGAACAAUUAAUGUAAUUAGUUGAAAAAAAAUAUGUUUAUAGACUUUCACGCAGAUGACUUUAAUGGAUCUGCGUGUGACAUGAUUUUUUUUAAAUUCAUAAACGUACUUUACUGGAAAAACUCUCAUGUCAUUUCUUAUAUAUAGCCAAAUAAAAUAUAUAAGCAGCAAAGAUAACGUCAAUAUGAAUAAUACUAAACAAUUUUAAUCAAAUUAUGUAGAAAAACCUAAAUCUAAAAAAUAUGUUAAAAUAUAAUGAGAAAACAUAUUAUUAUGUUCUUCUGCACUUAGCGAUUCAUAUAGGGUAUGAUUUAUUCACCUGUAUUAUAUUUGAAUAUUAUACGUAUACCGCAGUUAUUAGGCGCGUAUACGUACGAACAAUGGGACGACAAGGUACUAAAUAGUGCCGAAAGACGUCUGUUCAUGAUUCCCGCCAUUUUGCUAAUAGUCAUCGUCCAACAUCCGUUCCACACGAGACUAAUCAGCGAGUUCCUGAUUGUGCUACAGACGACCGUUCUCGGCAUAACCAACGGCAUCACUGGCAGCGUGCCCAUGAUUUUUGCGCCGGCCAAAGUCGUCGAAGAACGGCGUGAACUAGCCGGUGAGUAUUUAUAUGUUUGGUCCAGGAAAUAAGGGUUGUCAAUUAUUUUUUUUUAUAAUUUUAUCUUAUGUAAUUUGUUUACCUUUUAUUUUUGAUCUAAAUGGCAUACGGAUAAGUUUGUGUAAGAGUAUAUAUUCUAACAAAUGUCAUACAGGAAAUUAAAAUAUCAUUAGGUAUGUGAAUGAUAUAGGUACUUUUUGUCUGGCAAAAGGGAUGAAUCAGAUAUUUUUAAUUUUUUACAUUAAGAACGCCAUAUUUGGAUUAAGCCAUUUAUCAAUUUAGCCAUUUGGUAGGUCAUUUAGUAAUAAUUUUAAAAAUGUAAUUUGAUAGUUCUAAAUUGUUUAAGAGGUACCACUAAAUAUUUCAGUUAUAUGACCUAGUAUUGAAAUAGAAUUUUCGGGGAAUGAUAGGGAGUACCCAAAUACACAUUUUCAGAUAAAUUUCAAAUUUUUAACCCUUUUGAUACGCGCAUGUGCAAUACAAGUUACUUUGUUUUAAAUGGCAACACCAUUUUUUUUUCUACAGAUUCGGAUAGUUUUUUCUAAUUACAAAAAGGGCAAAGUUAUAAUAUGUUGAAAUUUAUUAUUUACAAAUAAUCUGUUAUUGACGAAAUUUCAACUAUUUUCUAAAUUUUCUUUUCGUUAUUUAGUCUUAUUUUUUUCAUUUAUUCUUUCAAAAUAAAUUGAAGGUAAUAAAAAUUAUAAAAAUGUACACACUAUGAAUUUGAAAUUAAGAUUUAUUUAUUUGCAACUAUAGUUUUAUCAAAUACAUUUUUCAAAGUUUCCGCCAAACAUGAUUCCGAACGUUUUAAAAAUUCUCUUGAUAUGGCAGCGUUUAUUUGGUCUUCUCUCAAAUUAUUACAUGCUACUCGUAAUUUAUUUUUUAAAUCUUGGAUAUUUUUAGAAGGAUCCACAUUUACAAUAUUUUUUUAAAUGCACCCAUAAAAAAAACUAAAGUAUUUAUUUGUGUCCUAUCUGUAUACAAACAGGUAUUUCACAAUAUCGAGGAUAUUAUCAUUUCGAUAUUCUAGUAUAAAAGUUAAACAUAGUUAAAAUUUCGUCAAUUACAGAUAAUUCGUAAAUAUCAAAUUUUAACAUACUAUAACUUUGCCAAUUUUGUAAUUAGAAAAAAACUUUUUAUAUAAAAAUUGUUUUAAAAAAAUACUCUAUCAAAAACUGUAGGAAAAAAAAUGGUGUUAUCAUUUAAAAAAAAGUAAGUUGUAUUGCGCAUGUGCAUACCAAAAAGGUUAAAAAUUUGAUUUAAGCCCUAUUUCACUGACGCGAAAAAAUAUGAUACAGGUUAUAAAUUAUGAUUAAAUCAUAUGAUUUAGUACUUAGGUAAUGAGUAACCUACCAUUGUAUAUAUAUUAUUAUGUUCAGUUUCCGUACAGUUCAGGGCCUAUUUUUGUGUGUAAUAUGGAAUUAUAAAAUGUGUAGUGUUAUAAAAAAAAAUGUUUCAAAACUAUGUUUUGUUUUUAUAUUAUAUUUUAAUUUUUAAACGAAUUUAGAAAAAGUAUAUCGAAGAAAUUCGAUCAAAUAUAAAGUAUUUUAAAAUUUGUUAUUUAUUAUUAUGAUGUUUUAAAACUUGUUAUCUUAAUGCGUGGUAGAAUUCGUUACUGACUUUGAAUAAGGAAUUAAAUCCAGAGGAACGUUAUUUAAUCAAAUUUGUUGAAAAAAUAAUGUAUAAAUAAAGUACAAACUAGUUAUGUAUAUACAUUAUGUAAUAUUUUUUUUUAAGUUUACUUAUUACAUUACUCAUAAAUUUCUCAUUUAUAAAUUUUAUACCUGGAAAUAUUUGUGAAAAAAAAAAAUUUUAAACAACUAUAAAUGGUAGAAAAAUUAGUGAAAUAACUAUAAUUAAGAGUAUGGCGGCAAAUUGUAUUUUGUUGCUAUGAAUAUAUGGUCUAAACUAAAUACCUACGUGCUGCCCUUAAAAUGUGAAUAUAUAAGAGGUAUUCACUAUAUACACCUAGAACCGAGGAUAGUAUACAUAUGAUAUAAGUGCCAAUUUGUAAUUAAUUUAUAAUAAUUAGAUGAAUGGUAAUUAUUAAUUUCAAAUAUGCGUUAGCUAAAUAACUUACAAAAGUAACAUUAAUAGAAAAAGUAACUAACACGUAAUACCAACUAUAUUACAUAGGUACCUACUGCUAUAUUAGUUAACUGGAUUGUCAAGUUAACUAAACCUAUAUACAAUAAAUCGACUAAGGUUACCAACUAAAUAUCGAUAAUGCUAAAAAGUUAUACCCAGUGACGUAAUCAAGGGUUUUAGGGAGUUAUAACUUCUCCCUGAAAUAUCUUGGACAUUUUUUCAAAUUGUAUAAGUUAUAAGAUGUUCUUUAAGUGGGUUACCUUUUUUAUUUUUUCAGUGUAAAUUCUUUAUUAUGAUUUUGAAAAAACGGAAAAUCCUGUUAGUCAUACAAAUAAUAUUAAAUUAUUAAGAAGACAUGAUAACCCCCCCCCCUUAUCCGAUUAAAAUAAUGUUACCCUUCUGAUCUGCCUAUAAAAUUUCCAGUUAAUCGCUAUCGUCUAUUGCAGUACUAUAGCCAGAAAAAAAAAUUCCUGGAGGGGGAACACACUAAUGAUUUUUAUUGUAACCUACUAUUUUUUAAAAUGGUAAAAUACACCAAAAAAAAAAAACCCUGAAAUAAUCAAUGAACUUCAGGGAGGGAACUUGUCCCCAAUGCCACCGUGAUAAUGAUACUGGCCUAUCAGAUAUACCCGUGUGCAAAAGAUGAAUGCAGUAAUAUUUUGAGUAUAUGUCUACUUUAUCGUGUAAAAAUUUUCUGGAUCUUCAAGAAGAUUAAAUAUUAUUUAUGUAUGACGAAUGUAUACUGUAUGUAUCAUGUAUGCGUAAGUAUAGUGCUUACCAAUGAAAAAUAUACAUUUUAAAUUCGAAGCAUAGCGAGAAAUCUAAUAGGAAAUUGGUUUUACUGACAUAAAUAUGAAUAUGAACCAUUUUAUAAACGUAUUGAAUUUUAUCUGGACCCUUAUGUUCAAAUUGUUAUUAUUGAACAUAGACAAUUACAAAAAAAAGUUAAAUAUAAUAAUAUAUUUCCUGAAAUAGUCAUCGAUGCUUUAUGUUUAUGUAGUAAAUUCAUUUUUCCGGAUAUUUAUCAUGUUUUGAUUUACUGAAGAUAUUAUACACCAUACCCAGUAUCUAAGUCGACUCCUGAAAGAACAUGUCCAUGUAUGAAAAGACCGAAACCCUAUCUAAGGAACAUCAUGAGUGGGUAAUAUUAAUAAGUAUUGAUGAUAUGAUGAUAAGUAAGAUGACAUUAUUUUUCUUAAUAUAUAGAACUGUCUCAAUGGAUUAACCUUAAUAGCACUUUAUAAAGAAGUAGAUAUGAUACUGAUGAAAUCCUUGAUUUUAUAGCACGAAAGUCAAGAAAAAUAGAUAUAAUUUUUUAAAUAAUUAAAUUCAUUAUAUACGUAUUGGAAUUUAAUUCGUAUUUAAUCGGUAUUAUGGUGGUGUGGGAAUAUAGCUCCAAGACUUAUAUUACAAAUAAUUUGUAAACCUCCCCCCCUCCAACGGAAAUUCCUGAAAAUGCCAAUUUCCUGAGGUGUGCCUAUCAUUUGUACGCAAAAAUCGCCCUAAUAAAAACCCUGUUGCAGGUAACAUAAUGACAAUUUCAUACAUAGCCGGCACGACGGCCGGCAGCUUGUUCGCCUACGUGCUGGACAAGAUCAUACACUUCGAGUACGACUGGACAGACGACGAACACGUUUUCGGCGGUCACAAUGAUUUUAGCGCGGACCCGGAACCAACGACCGUGAUGACAUCGCUGAACAACAAGUCCAUUAUAUAUUUUACAGCACCGUAAUUUCAAUAACUCCACGGACGUCAUCGAAUUCUCAUAAAUUCCCGGAAUAGACGAUAAUAUAUAAUGUAUUGAUAUAUUAUUGCGAAUUUAUGAUAUUAAACUAGCGAUUUUAAUAGAAGAAAAAAAGGUGUACAUUAGGUAGGUAUACAUAUUAUAUUUAUUCACAUAACGUAUAGGUACCGUAGUGCCUACUAUCUACCGAAAUGGGUUAACAUUCCUUUUUACUUUUCGAUUUUUAACAGUCUACGUUUUUUUAACAUUGACGUAGGUGUGUACCUAUGUAUAAUGUAUAUAAUAUGUAUAUAUUGCCAAUUUUUAACCCUACUUUUCUUCGUCUUAUUGUGUUCAUUGAUUAUUAAUUACUGCUAAUUUUAGUUCUUAUUUGUAAUUGUAACCAUUGGGCUACCAGCCCGUACCAUUGAUUAAUAUAAAUAAAUAAUAAAAUAUUAUAUAUUGGGCUAGUGUACAAAAAUGCAAAAUCAAACAUUUUGAACUAAUUAGUUAUUUAUGUGUGUAAAAUCAAUAAACAACUAUUACGUCGAGAAAAAAACAAGUAUAGGAAAACAACGAGAGUACCUACUUACCUAUAGAGUAUAGACAAUAGAGCUUAAAUAUCAUUGGGUUAGCAAACGUUAAAGUGUGUUUAUUUGGGUCCAGGCCAAAACAAUCGAAAUUCCGACAGUUAAAAUUUUUCUUAUGAUUUAGUUCAGCUUUACAUCGAUCCUCUCCCUAAUAAAUUUAACCGGGAAUUUACGUCAUGUAACAUUUAACAAGCAAUAUAACACAAAUCUGUGUAGGUUACUACUGGCUACUUCCGUGUUCCAAUAUAGUAAUCACACUACUAAUACUCAAAAUUAGUGAUGUAGUCAGAAAUUUUAGUUGAAAGUACAAUUUUUAAAACUAUUUAAAUAUGAAUGCUUUAAAUGUGAAAAAGAAUCAAAAUAUGUAAAUAUGUAUACUUAUACAAAUCCUAGUUAUUACACCCUUUUUAUUAAAUAUUUAUUUAAAAAUCAUGAACAACUAAAAUAAAAUGUCUUGUACUUUGCAC